AUGGCCACCCACAACAAUGUCCUGACGAAAGCCGUCGCCGGCCGGUUGUGCAAGGCCAUGGGCAUCCGCAUGGUCGCCAACCCCCUCAUAGUGCAACUAGCCGCCAACGCCGGCUUCGAUGCCCUCUUCAUCGACCUCGAGCACUCCACCCUCUCCCUAGCCGACGCCAGCGCCAUCGCCUGCGCGGGCCUCCUCUCCGGCCUGACCCCCUUCGUCCGCGUCCCCCACCAAUGCGGCGUCGGCUUCGUCCAACAAGCCCUCGACAGCGGCGCCAUGGGCAUCGUGUUCCCGCACGUCCAUUCAGCGGCCGACGCCCGCGCCGCGGUGCAGACGUGCAAGUUCCCGCCGUUGGGGAUCCGCUCGAUGUGGGGCCAGCAGCCGGCGUUGGGCAUGCGCGUUACGGCGGUGGGGAGGAUUGUGGAGGUUUGCAAUGCGAGUGCGUCGUCGGUGAUUGUGAUGGUGGAGGAGGCGGCGAGUGUGGAGCAUAUUGAUGCGAUUGCGGCGGUGGAGGGGGUCGAUGUGUUGUUGGUGGGUUGUUUGGAUUUGUCGACGGAUAUGGGGGCCCCCGGGAAGUUUGAGACACGGUCGUUUCGGGCGGCGCUGGAGAAGGUGAGUGCUGCGUGUCGGAGGGCGGGGAAGGUGAUGGGGUUGGCAGGGAUUUACAAUAAUCGGGAGAUGCAUGAGUGGGCGAUCAAUACGUUGGGCGUGCGGUUUAUGCUGUGCCAGCAGGACUCGAAUUUGUUGGCUGCUGCUGCGAUUGACUGUGCUGCGUCGGUGGCCAAGAUUGAGAGGGAUCGGAUGCGGUUGCUGGGGUAG